AUGUUGGACAAGUUUUGGGGUAUGACACUUAUCAAAAGGUGUAUGACUACAGUCUCUUACAAAGUGCUCAUAAAUGGUAUGCUUAGGAAUGCUGCUGUAACAAAGGAGAUUCAUGGUGUUCAGCCUCAUUUUUCUCGCGCAAAUGAAGUGGAAGCAGCAAAAAUUCUGGAAAUUCUUGACAAGUACCAGUGUGCUUCUGGCCAAGUGGUGAAUUUUGAAAAAUCAGAGGUGUCUUUCAGCAACAACCUCUCUCCAAACAUGAAGGAAAUAAUCCGAAAGUCGAUUGGGAUCAUCAUUUAUGAGUUUGGACGCACAAUCAAUGACUUGCCAUUGUUAGGAAAAGAAGGUAGGCAUGCUUCGUAUUCCUAUGUGCAGUGUGUUUCAGGGAAAACUAACCACACCACUGGAUUUGCAGACCCCAAAAUAGGUGGACUGGGUGGUUUCAGAUCAUGGCUAUGGAAGAAGGAGAACCGGAAGAAAAUUCCGCAGAGUGAUGGCUCCCUUUUUGAAAGAUUUUUCAAAGGGAGAUACUACCCCAGGAGUAGCAUUUCUGAAGCAGGCUUAGGUUUCAAACCAAGCUAUGCUUGGCGCAGCAUUUUCAGCGUAAAAGAUUUGGUUCUUAGCGGGACGAGAUGGCGCAUAGGAAAUGGUGAGAGUAUCAACAUUAUGAGUGAUAAUUGGAUUCCUUCUAUCCCAGGUUUCAAGUCGUUCACGACGAACAACUCUCUGGAGCCACAUACGAAGGUUUCUAGUCUUAUCGAUGGUAAUCUUGCAAAGUGGAAUAUGGAGACUCUUAGAGACAAUUUUGCUUCAUAUGAAGUGGAUCAUAUAGCAAGCAUUCCUAUCUCAACUAGAGCCCUGGAAGAUAAACACAUCCGACACUAUGAAAGGGAUGGAGAAUACUCUGUUAAAUCUGGCUACCAUCUUGCAAAAAGAUUGCAGCAUCAUCCAAAAGCUGAGUCCUCCUUUAUACAAGAUGGUGAGGUCUGGAAAUACCUUUGGAAAGCACAUCUGUUGGAAAAAACUAAAAACUUCAUUUGGAGGCUACUCAACAAUGUUAUUCCGACAAAGUGUAUUAUGGAAAAAAAAAAGAGAGUUUUAUUUUCCCCUCUGCUUGGGGUGCGACUGCCGAAUGCUGGUGAGUUAACUGUAUGGCUGCGGGAUGUUUUAAAAUCAAAGGAGAAAAAGCUGGUUCAAAUUAUUGGGUUUGGUCUGUGGAAAAUCUGGAGUGCUAGAAAUGAAAUAGUCUUCAACCAGAAGAGCCCGAGGCCGCAGGUUAUAGCGCAGGAAAUUGAAGAAGCAGCUGCAGAUUUCAAUGUUUCUAGAAUGUCUGAGCAGGAUUAUACAGCAAAAAAUAUGAUGAGCCUUAUUCCAAAAGGUUUUUGGAGUGUUCAAUCAGAUGUCUGCUGUUUUGACAAUGGCGUUCUCGCCUUGGGGUGUGUCAUCAAAGAGCCAUCUGGAAACAUAGCUCUAGCGGCGUGUAAGAGAAUUUCGAGUUUUGCUAACCCAGCUACAGCGGAACUCCUUGGUAUUCAAUGGGCUAUUAACAUGGCUUUGGAUUUUCAUUUAGAUUCUGCUUUAAUUUUUUAUGAUGCAUUAGGAGUAGUGGACUCAAUAAAUGGAACUGAUUUUGAUGCAGAUUUAGAUCCUAUUGUUGGAUAUUGUAGGUCUCUUCUUUGUAAGCUUAAGGGUGUUUCAUUAAUGUACUUAAAUAGAGCUUUCAAUACUGAUACCCACCUUUUGGUUCGUGUUGGUAGGGUUUUAGGAAACAAAACUUGGGUAGGUUUCUUGCCCUAUGUUGAGUCUAUUGAUGUUCUUUUGGCCCCUUUGGCUCCUUGUUAA